AUGGCGGACAGACCAGUGGCCAUCGCAGAGAAGCGACUGAUGGAUGUGAAGCUGGGAGAACUCGGAACCUGGAUUGGAGGUCGAGACUUCACUCCAAAUGGACUUAUUGCGUCCCUUCGCAAAGGCCAUGACAGAUACUACAAUAAGUACAUCAAUGUAAAGAAAGGAGGUAUUGGGGGGGUGGCCAUGCUCCUUGUUGGAUACGUAGCACUCAGCUAUAUGUGGGAAUACGACCACAUCAAACACGAUCGCUGGAGGAAGUACCAUUGA